GUCUCGCUUGCAGACGAUUUGUACAGCUGUUUCACGUUGCUAAUAUUCUGCGCAAGAUGUUUUCCACGAUUUAGUUACAUGCAAGACAGUGAUGCAAACAAGCCAACUGGAAAAUAACGGGAUUCCUGUCUUCUGGAUGAAAAAAAAAGAUCCCUAUCUCUCUUCGCCCACUAUGCGGAACCGUAAUGACACCAAAGCCGCCCGCAUAGGUCGCAUAUAGCGGAUAUUUUAUGGACGGUGGGACGAGGGAGAGCUUGUGAGACUGGGGAGUCGGGACUUCGGCUGAGCUGGGGAGAGGAACGUUAGCAAGCUAGCUUUCGUGACAGCAAGGACUGUAACGGAACAGUGACUUUUCCGUAAAACAUCUUAUCAGUCCGGUCAUCAUGGCUACGAAUGGUAACAAUUUAACGCCUGGGAUGGGUGAUAUCAUCCAGUUAAAUGUCGGUGGGACGAGGUUCAGCACUUCCAGACAGACUCUGAUGUGGAUCCCGGACUCUUUCUUCUCAAGUUUGCUGAGUGGGAGGAUAUCCACUCUUCGGGAUGAAACUGGAGCUAUAUUUAUUGACAGGGACCCUACAGCUUUUGCACCAAUUUUGAAUUUCCUCCGAACCAAAGAGCUGGACCUGCGGGGUGUCAACAUCAGCAUCCUGCGACAUGAAGCAGAGUUUUACGGCAUAACCCCUUUAGUACGGCGCCUGCUGCUGUGUGAGGAACUGGACCGCUCAUCGUGUGGGAGUGUUCUCUUCCAUGGUUACCUGCCGCCCCCAGCUAUUCCUGCCCACAAGUCGAGCCCCACCUCAGCAGCCUCUGGCUCCUCCUCUGAUUCAAGGCCUGGUCCAAGUGGAGCAGAGAGCUUCACCCGUGUGGGUCCCCCUCCUCACCCUUCCCUCUCUGGACCUCCUGGGACAGAUGACACACACAAACUAGCUUCUGUGGUUGACCCCAGGAAGGUGCUGAUCAUAGCAGGACACCACAACUGGAUUGUAGCAGCUUAUGCACACUUUGUCAUCUGCUACAGGAUAAAGGAAUCUUCUGGAUGGCAGCAGGUGUUUUCCUCCCCCUACCUUGACUGGACCAUUGAACGCAUUGCCCUUAAUGCCAAGGUGGUGGGCGGCCCACAUGGAGACAAGGACAAGAUGGUGGCCGCUGCCUCUGGAAGCAGUAUCAUCCUCUGGAGCAUCCAAGAUGGCGGCAGUGGCAAUGAGAUAGGUGUAUUCAGUCUCGGUGUGCCUGUGGAUGAUCUCUUCUUCAUUGGGAACCAGCUGGUGGCUACAAGCCAUACAGGGAAGGUUGGCGUGUGGAAUGCCGUCACACAGCACUGGCAGGUUCAAGAUGUGGUUCCUAUUACCAGUUGUGACACAGCAGGAUCCUUCCUACUACUGGGCUGCAACAACGGCUCUAUCUACUACAUAGAUAUGCAGAAGUUUCCACUGAGGAUGAAGGAUAACGAUCUUCUCGUGACAGAGCUUUAUCAUGACCCUUCAAAUGAUGCCAUCACUGCACUGUCUGUCUACCUCACACCUAAAACCAGUGUAAGUGGGAACUGGAUAGAGAUAGCCUACGGGACCAGCAGCGGUGCAGUGAGAGUGAUCGUGCAACACCCGGAGACAGUGGGAUCAGGUCCACAACUCUUUCAGACAUUCACUGUGCACAGGAGCCCGGUGACAAAGAUUAUGCUGUCUGAGAAACAUUUGGUAUCAGUGUGCGCAGACAACAACCACGUUCGGACCUGGACGGUGACCCGUUUCAGGGGGAUGAUCUCGACCCAGCCAGGCUCCACCCCACUGGCCUCCUUCAAAAUACUGUCCCUGGAAGAGACAGAGAGCCAUGGGAGUUACUGCUCUGGGAAUGAUAUAGGUCCAUUUGGAGAGAGAGACGAUCAACAGGUUUUCAUACAGAAGGUGAUCCCCAUUACCAACAAACUGUUUGUGAGGCUCUCAUCUACUGGAAAGAGUCGGAGGAUGCAGUGUGCUUCAUCUGAUGAAUUACUUUCUUUCCCAACGAUAUUCAGCUUAUCUGUAAGCUUUUGGUACUUCUGUCUGACAUUUGUUACUGGGCUUUGGAUUUUUGUGUUUGGGUGCUACAUGAUAACGAGUGCAUUUGUCAGGAUAUGUGAAGUGCAGUCGGUAGACGGGACCACCAUCUCUUGCUUCAUGGUACGGGAGUGUGAGGGUUCGAGUCGAAUGGGGUCGCGACCUCGGCGCUAUCUGUUCACUGGUCAUGGCAACGGCAGCAUCCAAAUGUGGGACCUGACUACGGCGAUGGACACCGCUAACAAAGGAGAGGAAAGGAAGAGAGAGGAUGUAGGAGGACCUACAGAGGAGGAGCUGCUGCAACUCCUGGACCAGUGCGACCUGAGCACCUCCCGCUGCGCUACACCAAAUAUAAGCCCCGCCCCCUCUGUGCUGCACCACACACGCCUCAGAGAGUCCUGCUCGAGUCUGCACUUACAGGCCCCAGAGCCCAUUCCUGAGAGCCAGGCUACUUAUGGAGCUGUGCGACCCUACAGAGAGAGCCCCCUGCUGGCCCGCGCUCGACGAACAGAGUCCUUCCACAGCUACCGAGACUUCCAGAACUUCAGCCUGAGUCGAGGUGUCCUGGACAGUGCAGGUCAGACGUCCACACAGGGCCACAGCCAGGGCCCUGAUGCCCGUCGUUCGCUCUGUGACUUUGGGGCUGAGGACAGUGAGAGGAGAGCAACAGCAAUGGAGUUCUGGGCCUGCCGAACAGCCAGUUCCAGCUCUGCCACAAAUAUCGGAGCUAUGACAGGUUCAGGUGUUUUUGGGGUGAAGGCAGAAGGCAGUCAAGAUUCUCCACGACAACCUCCUGACAGCCCGAUUCCUGGAGGGGAUGUUAGACGAAAGGUGUACCCACAGCCAGAGGAGGGAGACGGUGUGGGAUCAGUGGGAGACGGGGUGAAGGCAGAGGGAGGUGUGAGGAAAAGGGGAGUACUAGAAGGAGGCUUUCUGGGGAGGAAGAAGGCUCCCCCAGUCCCCCACCUCUCCUCUCUCCCCUCUGGAUCUGAAGGCGGUGGCAGCGACUCAUCGUCCAAUGCCUCCCCCUCCCCAACCAAACUAGCUUCGUCCACUUCACCGCGACACAGGAAACUUGCUCCUGAACUGUCCAAUCAGGACAGCAGCCUGUGACAGCACAGUGUGCCCACCAGACUUUUCUUUGGAUCCCAAUCAGAGGAGUUAUCUUGUGGAGGCUUCCUGCAGGUGCAUGUGGGAGAUAAGGCUUGGAUAUCACAGCAGAGGAGGAAUGGGGCUUAGCUGCAGGAAAACACCUUACUUGCUUCUACUCCACUUUCCACCCCACCCUAAUAUCUUUUUUUCUUUUUUUUUAUCAUGUAACUGGAUGAAAGGACCUUCUUCUUCUACUUCUGGGACUCCACACAAGAUGCUACUGUGUUUUAAUGAAUUUGUGUGUCAGUUUGCUCUCUGCUUUUAUUUAAAGUUUUUUUCUUAAUUCAAACAUUGGUGUCAUACUUUUGACGGCAAAAUGUAACAGGAAGCAGCAGUCACUGCAUCCCAGUGCUAACAGCUUUUCAUCUCAACCAGUAAUUCAUUUUGUUAAUGACCUUUUAAGGAUUUGAAGUUCUGUCACACUGCUGGGUACAACUGGAGCUCCCAUCAUUUUGGUUUGCUUCUGGUGUUUGCUUCAGGUUGUUAUAACAGAUGAUGAAGGUGAUGAGGUCUAGGUGAUAGCAGUAUGGCUGCACAGUUUCUCUCCCUGUGUUGGUGUCACUCACCCUACAACUUGAAGAACAUACAGGAACUACAGAAACAGGCCAUCGUAUGUUUGGCAAGGUAUUAUCAAGGGCAGUGGUUGAAGCACUGAUUGGGCUCUGAUGUGUAAAUGGAAUCAUUAAUUCAAUGACAUUCGGUUCAUACAGUUCUGUAUUCUGGGAGCAGAACAUAGAGCACACAGUAAAACCCUCGUGGGUUUGUUGUUUGACAGCUCAGUGACAACUAUGCAACAGUGGAGUUACAGAACAAACUAACACAGCUAACAAGACUUCGGCAUUGCCAAAUGGCAAUAUGUGUUAUAGCAGCAUAAAAGCCUCCUUGCAUCUAAAUAAACAUUUUGACUUGUCAUAGCGAGAAAAACACACAAGUAAAACAACUUUCACUAGUGAUGGCUCAGUUCCAUCAAGUGUCCCAAUGAGCCAGUGUGCACAACACCAAGACAAACUAGCUCACCUAAAUGGAAUGCAGUCAUUAUGGAUGACACCCAUGUCAAAUGUCUGCUGUGAAAUGGUCGAAUCCAAUUUGACACAUUUUCAUGAAAUGGCUGUUAAUGUAAAUUUGACAGCAAAUCGUGUCCCACAGCUGGAACCUUACUGUUUGAGGGAAGGUUAUUUGGAGACUGAUCUGACAGAAAUAUCUAAUUCACACUAAAGUGAUGUCAGAUCAACGUAUGCUCUCUUUGAACAGGAGUCUGUUUUUAAUGCUUAGUGGUAUACACAGUAAAGGACCUUUUUCUUCAUGCCUGAACAUAGAGAACUCAUUUUCUAAAUGUUUUAUCACACAUUCAGACAGAAAAAACAGCGGUGCCUGUGCAAGAUCUUUAUUUAUAUUUUAUUUUUUUACAGUAUCACAAUAUAACUACACUCAACUCAGUACUCAAAAGGACCUACACUACAUCACUUUACUCCCUCUGGAAGAGAUUCUAAUGUGUCUUGCUUUGGUGAUGAUGACUGUUGCAGUGCCUUAUUUAGUUUGUUUGACGGUUAUCAGCCUGUUUGUUUUCACUGAAAAGGAUUCUGACCAAAGGCUCGUGAGGACUGAGCUCAUUGUGGAGCCACAUGACGGACCUGUCCACUCGACCUGUCCACUCAACUUGAUAGAGUCACAGCAGUCCAAAUUUGAUUUUGUGAGCGGUCACUUGAAUCAAUAGGCAUUACUUAUUAAAUUAAAUUAAAUUAUCAUCAUAUAUUAUAAGUUGUAUAUAAUCUGGGGAACUUUUAUUUGCAGCUUUGUCUUUGUAGUUUGAGGUGAACCAACUCGUUCACUCUCAGGCAUGAAAAGGUAAAACAUGAGUGUUUGCUCUGUGGAAACAAUCUACAGUACAAAUCUUUGGUACUUUUUUUAUAACCAUUGUGGGGACUAGAGAAAAAACUGAUGAUGGUAUAAACAAAAGUUGAAAAGAAGUAAAAAGACUGUCCUGAAAUUUGCCAAAUCCAGCAGCUACAUAACCUCUUUUAAGUAAGUAGUAGUUAGUAAGUAACACACUGCUAUAUAUAUUAUUAUUUCCACAUUUGUCCCUGCCUGUACAAAGAUGUACCUUACAUAUGCUAAUUAACUGAAUGGAAAGUAGACAUACAUUUUCAAAACAAAAUCCAUAAUAUGGAUGCAUUGAUGUGUGUGACGAUGUGUGUGUACCUUACACUGUUGUCCUUUACAUAUUGUUGGUAAUAAUAUAAUGCCUAUUUUGACAUUACCAUGCUAUUGGACCUAACUGCAUUUGCACUUGCACUAUUAAGACUAAUAUUAAAAGUAACUUGCUAGUGUUUAUUUUAUAUAAAAAAUGAUAACAUUUAAAGUGUAUUUCAGCACAUAACUGUUUGUCUGUCCUUAUCUGUCAUCCCUCUGUCCCUCUCUGGCUAAGUUUACAUAGACGUUUACAUUGUAUCAUGGCCAGAUGUUAGCAGGCUAAAAGGAAUACAUAUCUGUUUGUUUAAGCUGCCCUGUGCAUCACUGUUUUACAUUGUGUAUGUUUGAAAUGCUGCAUUAUGUUGUAAUGUUUUUUACUGUUGCCUACAGUACAGUAGACCCAUGAUCAAAUAUAACGUUGAAGUUGACCCAUCAGAGCCACAGUGUUCAUUACGGUCAUGUUCACUAAAAGCUUUCAAAAGAGUUAUAUUGUCAUUUUUCCAUGUUGGCAUAGUUAAUCUUAGGGAAGAGCAGCUGUUUACAAAAAACUCUUCAAAUUUGUAUUAUUACAAAGCUGAAAAGUAUCAUAUGUUACAUUUUUUUUUGUUUUAAAUACAUUUGGUAUGCAUGUUUUAACACAUUGUAUUGAACAACAUGACAUUGUUCCAGGAAUUUUAACGCCUCUUCCAGUCAAUGGUCAUCAACAACAGAUUAAAAAUGACUUCAAACGUG